UCCGCAAUGUUCACCCUGAAAGGUUCAAAGUUUCAGCCCCGGUGACCUUUGACCCGAGGCGGGCGGUUUGAGCGCCGGUUAGUUCCCAGACUGCGGGAGUCAGAGAGAGAAACAGAGAGAGACGGCGCUGCGCGGCGCCCGGUACUGGACGGCGCGGGGCCGGUGAGAGACUACCUCCUAGAACUCUUGUGAAUGAACGACAAAAGGAAGCAGCGUCCUGAUUAAAGAUGACCUCAACUGAUGAGGACCGUAAAAAUGUGACACAAGUAAAUGACAACAGUUCUGAGUUUCCGACAACAAUGAUCGAUUCCCUAAAUCCUGCACAACAGAAUCUCAAAUCACAUUGGGAUGCAAUAUAUGCAGCGGUUAAGGAUGAGAUACCCUCCCUGGAUUCAGACUCUUCACUUUCUGAUAUAGAAGAUGGUGAAAUUGCUAUUUUCCAGCGACAUAAGUCAAAGCAAAUUACCUCUUUACCGGAAGAUCUGAUGGAUUUAUCCUUAGAUGAUCCAGUUCUUGAGGAAAUGCUGGAAUCUGUAAGGUACUCACCAGUGGCCUGUGAAGAAUACUGCACCACAGAGCCUGAUAUUCGAGAGAGCUUCGGAAUUGAGAUUUCCAGAAAUAAUAAUAACACCAGUGCUGAGAUUGAUACUCAUCCUGAAUCGCCGGAACAACUAACAGGUUUUAGCACAGAUCAGAACAAAAAUCUCUUUGAGGUAAGAAGAGAAAAUAGGCCACAAGGAGAAGAGUGCUGUGUCCAACAAGGAAAUAAAGCUGGGGGAGACCCGUGUUUAUCAGAAGCACAAUUAGUUACUAGGAAUCGAGAAGAAAGCCAAAGAUUCAAUGCCAGUGGAGAUGGAAACGUAGAUUUCUGGCAAAUGCUAUCCUCAGCAUGGCUAUCCAGAAUUGAAUCUCCACCUUCAACAAUAUCAACAGCCUCUGUGCAAACUAAUGCAGCAAGCACUUCUGAUACCAUCCAGCAAAAGGCAACAACCACUGAAAAUAAUUUAGCUGCCAUGAACCUAUGUGAAAAACUCGCCAAUCGUAAAUCAGUUCCACACAAAACUGCACCACAAAUCUUUAAUGCAGCGACCAAGGAACGUAUAUGCACUUCAGAUACUAAAAUGAAUGUCAAAAUAGAUAUUUGGAAUAAAAAUGCAUCUAAGAAGCAAGAAAUACAAGGAACAAGUACAGGACAGCAAAGCAAAAGAUCACCCAUACUUUCUUUAGAAUCUAUAAGCCAAGUGGAUCUGGAUAGAAUCCUCCAGAACUUGGAGCAGAUGGAAGACAAGAACAUUAGUGUUUUAGAGGACACUCCUAAUAGCACUCCAUCCACCUCUGCACGUUCUUACGCCAAAAGCCAGGAGAAGCUUAUGGAACAGCUGACUUUGCUGGCUAUCAGUCAAUCUGGAGGAAUGCUGAAAGAGCUAUCGGCCAAGCCCCCGUGUGAUGAACAAGACCAACCCAACAAGGAAAAGUGCAAAAUCAGCAGUUCCUCAUUUCAUACCAUCAGUCCUGAAGAAGGCAAAUAUAGCUGGAAGAAAGCAGAGAGCCUGGCAAUAAGAAAAACUUCUCCAAUUGUUCACAUUGACCUGCGGAAUUGGGAGUUGGAAAAGACCACAGAAUCGCAGACAGACAACAGGAACAGAAGACAAAGGCCUGCAUGGCCCAAUUCAGAAAGUUCUAGUUCUACUGAAGAAGAGGAGAACAUGUCACCCCAGGACCAGAAUAGAGUGAAGAAAAAAGAGUGUCUGGCUUCAGGGAAUGAUCGCAGGUGGAGUGGCUGUACAGGUAAAAGUAUGUUGCUGAGCCAGCUCCGAAAAGCAUCUAAGGAACCCCUGAAAAUGGCAGACAGUACUGUGUCCAUAUGUUGUGCUGGAGAGACUGGUACAAAUCUUGCAGAAGAAAAAACACUCCAGAAGAAGAGAAGAAAAGCAAGGACUGAAACCACGCUUGUUGAUCACAAACAGGGCAACGUGUCUGUGAGUGUGGUGUCCAACACAGAGAAAGGAGGUUUGGGAACACUUAAUUCAUCUAGUGGCCAACAGAUCUUUGAACGUAAAGAAAUAGUUCCUCUUGAGACAAGGUUGAACGACACUUCAGAUGCCUCUAUUCAUACUGUGCAGCAGAAUAAACCUAGAGUGCUUGAGGGAGAGCAAAUCACACAAAGGAAAGGAGAGUCUGCAAAUAAAAACAGCACUAGUCACAAGGUGAAGCCUAAUGAGCAACACAGAAGAGAACAAUGCAGAAAAGAGCAGCAGAGCCGUCAGCGACUACAAAGACACCUCAGUAACCUGAAACCACUGAGUUCCGUGUCCGGGAAGCAGUUGACCGCAGAGUCUACACCUCUGCUCUUCAGCACGGAGGCAUCAUACUUGCCUAACAUCAGCACGUUACCUCCGAGAGGAAGAGAUGAAAUGCUUUUACUGACUGUCCACCUCUCCAGCUGUGGACAGAUGGUCCCUAGUGGCCAGCAGACUGGACGUUUGCUGGACAGUGCACUGACUGCAGCCAACAUUUACAAUGCUGUGGUUUCAUGGGUCCUUUCACUGGUGACCGUUCCUACCUGUUCUGUGAAUCGAUCAUAUGGAGAUUGCUCUGAAGCUGAGGUGGUCGCACCAUUUCAGGUGGUGGGUCUCCAACAGACCUGGCGUGAAGAUGGGCUAGCUUUUUACGUCUGUGUGAUACCAAUGUGUGAGGGUUUUGUCCAGCCUAUCUACAGCAGGAAUCGAAAGAACAGGGUAAAGGAAGAGUUAAGAGGCACCUCUGCAUUUUAUCAGCUGGUUGUGAAAUUCCUAUCACAAACUAGUCUGAAACCAGUGAUCUGGUGGAGUGAACAGCUGAACAAUCGUCUUUCGGAACAAUUGUGUCCAAUGCACGUGUGCCUUCCUUCUGCUCGCCUCAGCUCCGUGAUUUCUGUCAGUCCAGACACUAAGGCCGUUGAAAAAGUUUUUAAGGUUCAGAUUGGGUUUUACUGGCAAACAGUGGAGACCGAGGAAAACUGCUGCCCCAGUGCCGAGGAGAUUGGGGAGAAUUGUAAGGAGAAUCCUGAGGUUACCAUGGCACUAGUGUUUGAGAACUUGUUCAGUGAUCCCAUAGCAUUUCACCACGUGCUGCAGCUCAUCCUAAGCAAUGGUAUAGAUAUCUGUGGUCUUCGACUGCUGUAUCCAACACAUAGCCUCCUGACUGACAGCACAGGUAAACUGCCUUCUACUUAUUGCUCUGAUGAUACAAAAACAAUGCCUGUAUUGGCAUUGGCACUGAGAGGUGCAAAUGCCCGUGUAUUGUGGAUGGACAUUGUAGGACCAUUUGAUCCUGGGGUAGCCAGUGUGACAGAUCGGCAUUCCAUAAAUGCGUUGUACUGCAAGAGUCGUAGUGAGCCACUCCUUUACUCCCCGCGCCAGGAGAGUCGUAUCUACUGGGAGCUGUACGUGUGGUUCGGUGGGAGGGUUCCUGAAGAUGGGAUUGUGCAAGUUGGCAUUCAGAAUCCUGUCAGGAGGACCAGGUUCAGAUCCAGAUCAAACAGUCCACAGCCCACAGGAACCCACACAAACUCCAGACAGGAUAGGGGUGCACAACAGAUUAUACCCUGCAGACCUCCUGCUACAGUUGUUGCAACCAUCAAAGCUGACCUACUGCUGCUGGUAUCGCCUGCUGUGCCUCUGAAUUGCUGUGGUGAUAUCCUGUCAGUCUGUACCAGACGGGGAUUCAGUCUGCAAGGUGUGCGACGUUUGCGUCUGACUCCAAAGCGAGCCAACAGUCUCGGCAUCGGGAGUAAGCAGAUCUCAGUGUUUUGUCGAACAUCCAGCAAUGGAUCCUUAACUUCACAAGGCUCUGCUGUUGAUGAGUUGCCUAGUCACUGUUUUUUAAUGCUGCUGAGAAAAGAGAAUGUUUGUCAUCAUGUUCCCAGUUUACUGAAAGGAUUAAUGAAUGAACUGUCUGAACAGGGCUUGAUUGGAAGUGUACAGAGCAGACUUCCCCACAUCACUGAAUUUGAUAUUGGAUUGUGUUUUCAUGUGGUGCCUUACACUGACCACAUUCUGCAGGGACUAGGAGGAAGUCUGAGUGCAGUGGCUGACUCUGCCAGUCUCACACUGGAUGUGCUCUAUAAGCACAGCUACAUGUCCAACCCCGAACUGGAGCAGGUUGUCGUUCUCACAAUGACUGGGCACAAAACCAUGAAAGAAGCCGGGAUCGGCUUGCGGGAGCUUCUGCGUCCUACAGUGAACCAAUCACAAGGUCAAUCUGAAAACAAUAUGGCAGAUGGAGGUUUUGAACUGCUAGGCUUGAAAUGGUUGCCGCAUCUGAGCAGCAGCCAGGCCAAGGAACUAACCCCAUUUGAAGUGGGCGACCGACAUUGGCAGGGUAGCAUUGACUGCCUGGUGUCCAGCCCAGCUCUUGUAUGUGUGCUGCGGCGGGUCCGUGCCUUUGGUGUGUUGGCUGAAAUUCUAAAUACAACUAACUCCAAAGUCAGUCUACUCAAUGCAAAGCAAAGCAACCUGGAGAAAAUCAUGUCACCAACUCCAGAGAUAGCUUUCCGACAAGCUGCUUUAUUCUUCACUGACCGGGAACUAGUUUCAGAUCCAAGUGCCCGACCGUUACUGAAGUACAUUGCACCCUCUCUCAGCUCGGGGAACACUGCAACAGGGAAAAGAUCACAAGCUAUCAACAAAGAGUCUAUCUUUACCUACAUGUUGCUUGGAGCCCAACCCUUGCUUACUGUGCUGGUGAUCAAGCCCUCCACUUUGCCCCGGCAUUUCUCCAAGAUUCUCCACAAACUAGACCUGGAGCACUUCUAUAUUGUUGGUAUGAAAUUGGUCAGUCUGGACAAAGAGAAAGCCUCCCUUCUGUCUCCGUCCAACAUACAACAGGAACCGGAUUUGAUGAGCCGCAGUGUUGAUUCCCUGACCUCAAGUCCCUCAGCCAUUUUGUGUGUUCAACGAGAAAAUGCUGUGAAAAAGCUGCUUGACUUGCUUGGACCGGAAGAUCCCCAUGAGGCCAGAGCCCUGAACCAGUUCCUAUGGAGAGGUCACUGUGGGACAGACCUCGUCCACAAUGGCUUCUAUGGUUCCCAAUCUUAUAAGACUGCAGUCAGGGAUGUGCAGAUGUUUUUCCCGGAAGGACUGUGUUGUGAAGAGUCUCAAAUGCUGCAGAAUGAACAGAUUCUCACAAAAAAAAGGAUUUGCUGAUCAGCCCUGAAUUCACACAUAAUCGCAAGCUUGUCAGACGUUCCUCUCUUGCUGAGUCCCAGGCAGUAACUGUUGCAUGGAGUGGACAACAAGGCCUUUGUCAGACACUUGCUUGUUGCUACCCGGUCCCUUUUUCAGCAGGAGCCACCAUCCACCGUACAUUGAGGUUAUGGAUCACCUGGCAGGAAGCAAAUUUCUGCUGAUGGGCGCACGGAUGGGAGUUCUAGACCUGUCCCAAGCUCAGCAUGUAGCGAAGCUACUCACUACUCCAGACAGCAGCUCGACAAUGUGCUCAUUGCUCACAAGUGGUCCCUGUUUGUUUCUAGCUCUGGAGAGAGAUAAUGCCAUCUCUUGUUUCCACAUACUGUUAAACAGCAUCACGUGGGACAAAUUGCAGCUCCAGGAAUACCUGCAAUAUCUCAUCUACCCAAAGACUGAGAA